AUGUACACGCUGCUGUCGGGGCUGUACAAGUACGUGUUCCAGAAGGACGAGUACUGCAUCCUGAUCCUGGGCCUGGACAAUGCCGGGAAGACGACCUUCCUGGAGCAAUCCAAAACCCGGUUUAGCAAGAACUACAAGGGGAUGAGUCUCUCCAAAAUCACCACCACCGUGGGGCUGAACAUCGGCACUGUGGACGUGGGGAAGGCUCGGCUCAUGUUCUGGGACUUAGGGGGGCAGGAGGAGCUGCAGUCUCUGUGGGACAAGUACUACGCCGAGUGCCACGGUGUCAUCUAUGUCAUCGAUUCCACAGACGAGGAGAGACUGUCGGAGUCCAAGGAAGCUUUCGAGAAGAUGGUCACAAGCGAAGCUCUGGACGGUGUCCCCAUCCUGGUCCUGGCCAACAAGCAGGAUGUUGAGACUUGCCUCUCCAUUCCGGAUAUCAAGACUGCGUUCAGUGACUGCACCUCCAAGAUCGGCCGACGGGACUGCCUGACCCAGGCCUGCUCCGCCCUCACAGGCAAAGGAGUGCGCGAGGGCAUCGAGUGGAUGGUGAAGUGCGUGGUGCGGAAUGUGCACCGGCCGCCUCGGCAGAGGGACAUCACGUAG